AUCGGCGUUAACGUGAAAAUAACGUAUCUUCGCGAUGGAGUAUUUAUACGCGAUAUUGCUAAAAAUAUACUGUAAAAACAGGAAGGGGCGUCUCUCAUCGAACACGCCAUCAUGCGAUUUUGAAUCGCUAGAAUUGUUGUUUCGAUUUUUCACGAAAAUCUUGCGGGAGAUAGACACCAGAUAGAGACUCCCAAGAUGCGACAACGAUCUUAUUUCGUCGAAAAAUUCCGAAACUGAUUUUUUUCUCGCACGAAUCAAUCGGAAAGAGAGAGAGGGGGGAGGGAGGGAAGGAAGGAGGGGGAGAGAGAGAGAAACUCAUAUCGUAGGAAACCUAACCUAUGAGCAAAACAGCUGAUCAUGAUCGAACAGUGUUUAAUACCGUCGUAGGAGAUAUAUUUGUCUAUUUGUUCGCUCCUGCAGAUUUUUAUUUUAAUGAUUGUAAUUUGAUCUCGAGAUAACGCGAUGAAUGCGAUCAGGAAAUUGGGUCAAUUAAGACAGACGUUGCAAAGUUGUAGGCAUUUACACACCACAUGUAUAAGAAAUGGGUACGAAGGUCCUGGAAAAACCACCGUCACAUUCAUCCGCAAAGAGCUGGGUUCUCGACUUUUGAUAACUCGAUGUGAUGAGACAGGAUUUACGUUCAACACUGGCACACGAGUGAUAGGGCCAAUGAUGCUCUUCCCAAGGUACGCCAUGUGCUGGAACGUCGAGUCUGGGAAACACAUAAACGACGCGUCUUUAUCGCUAUUUACCAUCCUUGUGCCAAAACCUGAUCUCUUAAUCAUCGGUUUGGACGACGUAUAUGAUUUUCUUUUCCUGAAAAAUCUCCGAGAAAUGGUGCAAAAGUUUGGUAUCACCACGGAAAUAGUUUCCGUGCACAAUGCGUGCACCGUGUUCAAUUUCGUCAAUGAGGAAGGCAGAUAUGUCGUCGCAGGUUUGAUACCGCAAAAAGCGUCCCAGCUUUUGUUAAAAUUGCCGAAGAGUGAAAAAUCUGUGAAACAAAUAACUGAUUCUAGUGAUGCUACAGAUAGCAAAAACAGUGAAAAGACAGAGAACGUAAGAAAAUAAUGAAAAGUAUGGAAUAUAUAUAGCUACAAUUUUAGAAAAAUGUAUGGAAUUGUAAAUAUAUUGUAUAAUAA